CUCACCGAGGACUGACUUCUCCGGGAAGCCCUCAGUUGGAUUUGGUGUGCAAUGAUCUAAGAAGGUGCUGUCUGAAGUUCUGAGAAUCCUAAUUCGUUCAUUUGUGAAAGGUGAAACUGGUCUGGCGAGUCCCAAUGAAUGUGCAGUUACUCUCAGUUGGUCAUUGGUGCUCAACGGAGUGAGAUUGGCGUCCGUGUAAGUGAAUUGUGAAAGUGGUGUGCCGAGCGAAAUGGCAAUGGCAAACAUGACUACUUUGGACUCCUCUUUGGACAUGUGGAUGUGAGAGUAGCCGUCGUCCUCGACGUUUUGGUCAUGGAAGAGGAGGUGGUCAUCACCAAUACUUCCAUAGUGCUUCUAGUGAACAACAGCCCCAAAGACGAGGUGGUCGAGAGUCAAUACAACUUGAGUGUGGCCUCGUCCGGGAUCUCGUGCAGCGGUGCCGACUCAUCAGGCAAUCCCUCUUUAUUAACUCAAAACGACAGCUUAUUUGGAGGGGAAUCCAAGAGGUCGAUUUACGCCCUUUUGAAAUCUUCUCGGAUUUUGACAAACCAAGGUGAUAUCCUCAUUCGCAACAGUCACGAUGAGGAUACAAAUGUGCUGUGCCAUGAAGCUAGUAGCUCUCAAAGCCUUUCCUUGUCAGAGUGUAACAAUCCGUCAGAGCUGUCCGUGAUAUUGUCAAGAAAAUCCUCAUUGAUACUCGAGGCCGACUCAAAGACGUCAGAUCGAUCAACACCAACAACCACCACCGUAUCAGCCUCGUCUUUGAACGAGAAACUAUCAUCUACCCAUCAUCCACGUGGCUCCCUAACAAAGACCACGGUGUACGAACACCAAAUAGUAUCGCUUCAUUUAGAGCCUGAACAUCCGAUUGUGGCUUGCGAUUCGGAAUCCGUGGUUUGGCGUUGCACAGGGGGGCCCUACUUGCGCAAGGUCCGCAGACGAAUUCAAAGCAAGGAGACAUUGUUGGAUAUCGGAACUGGUAGGGACAGACGAUGACCUUUUGAAGGAUGAUAUCCUCGGAUAAAAGUGUUUCAGAGGGAGUUAGAUUCUGCCUCAAUGACUGCUCAAUGCGGCCUAAAGCAUUGUUGUCUAAAAAUUAUCUGAGGUAUUGUUGUUUUUUGAAGCGACAGGAUUCUUCCAAGGAAAGGUCAGGCCCCACUUUGGUUUUAGGGCUUCAGGUCACGCCAACUUGUGCAGCAAAAUCUCAUUUCACCGAGGAAAUGAGCAAUUUGAGCGCAAUGAGACGAGAGACAAACCGGAAGAUCUUAAUUGAACACGGGGUAGAAGAAAAAAUACUUGAUGCAUUUCGCUCCGUUUCGUUUCAGGCGCUCCAUCCGAUGAUGAACUUUACGAGUCCAUCUAUGAAGUCGUUAAUCCACCACACAACCAUCAUCUCCGCCAUCCCCGGCGUUCUUAUGACGAUUUCGAUUCUGAAUCUGAAUUUGACGAG